AUGAGUCUGCCUAGGGCCACGGAUAUCCAGGGCACCUGGGAAUACAUUGCGAAGGGUGUGGAGAUCAUCAUGGUCAAAGAUUUGGCCAAGGGUGGUCUCACUACAGAGAUGUAUAUGAAUAUGUACACUGCGAUCCACAACUGCUGCGUAGCCACGAGCCAGACCCCGGCGCCGAGAAGCAGUGCGGCAUUGGGCUCUUCUGCGCGUACGUCGCAGAGCCAGCUCCUGGGAGGUGAUAUCUACCAACGUCUCAAAGACUAUCUCAUCCACCACCUGGAGCAUCUCCGUCGUGACGCCGAGCAUCUUGUUGGGAUCGACCUGAUUCAGUAUUACAACCAGUGCUGGCUGCGGUACACCAUGGGUGCAAAGUACCUGGAUCAUAUUUUCUCUUACAUCAACCGUCACUGGGUCAAACACGAGCGCGAUGAGGGUGGUCGUCAAUCCGGCGUUUACGAAGUGAGUGUGCUGUGCUUGGUGUUGUGGCGAGAUUAUCUGUUCACGUCGCUUUCUCAGGCUCUGGUCGAGGCUCUACUGCAGCAGAUCGAAUCUAGCCGUGAAGGUAACCCUGCCCAGGUAACUCCGCUCCAGCUUGCGAUUAGUUCGAUGGUGUCAAUUGGUUUAGACGAUCAAAACAGCAAGCGCACGAGUUUAUCCUUCUACACAAAGAACUUUGAGGAACCUUUCAUUGAGGCUACUGCUGCAUACUAUAUGGCUGAGAGCCAGAGGUAUCUGAAUGAGCAUGGCGUUGUUGAGUAUAUGCGUUUAGUCGACCAACGGCUCCAAGAAGAGCAUCAGCGAGUUGCCAUGUAUUUGCAUCCCAACACCGAAGAACGCUUGAUUUCGGUCUGUGAGAAAGUGCUCAUUGAGGAUAAUCAGGAAAUCAUUCAGGACCAGUUUAUUGUUUUGUUAUCUGCCAACCGUGAAGAGGAAUGCAACAUCCUCUAUCGCUUGCUCUCCAAGGUCCCCCACAGCCUGGAGCCUGUCCAAGAUAUGCUUACAACUUACGUUGAACAGCAGGGGUUGUUGGCAGUUGACGCACUUAUUGCGGAGCAUGAGGGUAUUCCAGAACCCAGAGUAUAUGUUAGCACUCUACUCAAGGUCCACGAUCACUUUGACGAGUUGGUGAAGAAAUCGUUCGGUAGCUCCCCAGGGAUGCUCAAAGCUGUGAAUACUGGGUUUACAACUGUUAUCAACCAAAAUCUCAUUGCCCGGCCUGCAGAUAAAAAUGGAAAUCGAGCCAAGGACUCUAAAACUCCAGAGCUGUUGGCUCGAUUCAGCGACUCGCUUCUCAAAAAGUCAUCGAAAAACGCCGACAAUGUUGAUGUUGAAUCCUCACUGGCAGGCAUUUUGCGUCUCCUGCAGUUUGUAGGAGAACGUGAUGCUUUCGAAAAACAUUACACUCGUUUGCUUUCCCGCCGGCUUGUUCAUCAAACUUCUGCAAAUCAAGAAAUGGAAAUUAGUAUGGUUUCUCGUCUUACCGAAGUCUGUGGUAUGGAUUACACUAACAAACUGAACAAAAUGUUCUCUGAUAUUACAAUGUCAACAGAGAUGCAGCAGCAGUUCAAACAGCACAACCCCUAUCCCUCCGUGGAGUUCACACCCAUCAUUCUUGCCGAUGGCUUCUGGCCGUUGCCUCAUCAAAAAGUUGAAUUCUCCUUGCCUGAAAAGCUUCAGAAAACCCUCGAGCGGUUUUUGGUCUUUUAUGAGGAGAUCCACUCUGGCCGUAAAUUGAAGUGGUUAUGGAACUUUGGCAAAGCUGAGCUAAAAGUUAAUUUUGCCAAAUCAUCGAGAUCUGGAUACGUUCUACAGGUCUCAGUUUUUCAAAUGGUAGUUCUGUUGUUAUACAACGACACAACUGUUUUAACAAUCGACGAAAUCAUCGAAAAAACCGGUCUACCCGCCGAGUUAGCUAUUGGAGCCCUGACUUACAUUGUGAAGGCACAUAUCCUUAAACAGACGCCUGCUGCCGCUCCUUUGGGUGCGCCUGGUACGGAAUACAGCUUGAACAAAGAUUUCAAGUCCAAGAAAAUGAGAAUCAACCUUAACUUACCGCUGAAAUCUGAACUCCGGCAUGAAGCCACUGAAGCGCAGGCGCAAAUUCAGGAGGAACGCAACAUGUUUUUGCAAACUGUUAUUGUGCGUAUCAUGAAAGCUCGCCGCGAGCAAAACCAUGCGUCCCUAGUUCACGAAACAAUGGAGAUGGCUCAAAAACGAUUCAGCCCCACCACCCGCGACAUCAAAAAGGCAAUCAGCGCGCUGGUCGACAAUGAAUACCUUAAGCGGGAGGGGACGGAUCAGUAUGUCUAUUUAGCUUAA